CGGGCCCCCCCCUCUGUAGCGCUUGGUACGUUCCGCAUCAGCCAAGCGAUUGGGGCGCAGGACGGGCUCAGGGGCUGCGGAGGGGGAAUUCCGGGCGGUACCAAGUGUCGGAGCCUGAGUGAGACCAACCGCUCGGAUCCAUUGCUGUGCGGUCCCUUCUCCCUGCAUCGCCGGUACCGAACCCCGGGCCUAUGAUGAAUUACCUACGGCGACGCCUGUCGGACAGUAACUUCAUGGCCAACCUGCCCAAUGGCUACAUGAGCGAUUUGCAGCGACCGGACCCGCCCGCCCCUCCCCCCCCGGGCCCCCAGGGGCCCCCACCGCCCCCCGCCGUGUCCCCCGAACCCCCCAGCUCCGGGGGCUUCUUCUCCUCCCUCUCUAACGCCGUCAAACAGACCACUGCGGCCCUCAGCGAGCAGGUAUCCACCGCCACCGGGGGGGGCCCGGGGCCCAAGGGCAGCAAGCUGCUCCUAGUCAUUGAUGAGCCCCACACCGACUGGGGGAAACUAUUUAAGGGGAGGAGAAUCAAUGGAGAAUAUGAUAUCAAAGUGGAACAGGCGGAGUUCUGUGACCUGAAUCUGGUUGCGCACAGUAAUGGCGGCUUCUCUGUCGACCUGGAGGUUAUGAGGAAUGGGGUGAAGGUUGUGAGGUCACUCAAGCCGGACUUUGUGCUGAUUCGCCAGCACGCCUUCAGCAUGGCACGAAAUGGCGACUUCCGCAGCCUGGUGAUUGGCCUGCAGUACGCGGGGGUGCCCAGCCUCAACUCCCUGCACUCCGUCUAUAACUUCUGUGAUAAACCUUGGGUGUUCUCCCAGUUGGUGCGGUUACACAGGAAGUUGGGGCCGGACGACUUCCCUCUCAUAGAACAGACUUAUUACCCCAACCAUAAGGAGAUGCUGACUGCGUCCAAAUUCCCCGUCGUGAUCAAAAUGGGGCACGCGCACUCGGGAAUGGGGAAGGUGAAGGUGGACAAUCAGUACGAUUUCCAGGACAUAGCGAGCGUCGUUGCGCUGACCAAGACUUACGCCACCUCGGAGCCGUUCAUAGACGCCAAGUACGACGUGCGCAUCCAGAAGAUCGGGUCCAACUACAAAGCCUACAUGAGGACCUCCAUCUCUGGCAACUGGAAGACCAACACUGGGUCGGCCAUGCUGGAGCAGAUUGCCGUGUCGGACAGGUACAAACUGUGGGUCGACGCUUGUGCUGACAUUUUCGGGGGUCUCGAUAUCUGCGCGGUAGAAGCUCUUCAUGGGAAGGACGGACGGGACCAUAUCAUUGAGGUGGUCGGCUCCUCGAUGCCUCUGAUUGGAGACCAACAGGAGGAGGACAAGCAGCUCAUUGCAGAUUUGGUUGUGACCCGGAUGUCCCAGAACCUGCAGUGCAGCCCAUCCCUGAGUCGCCCUACGCACGGCCCCCAGCCUCAGGCGCAGGUUGUUCACUCAAGAUCCGCAACUCCCAUUCAGCAGCAGCAGCAACAGCCCCAGAGACCCCCACCUCAAGGGGGCCCUCAAGCAGCCCAAGUUCCUGCGCGUCAGGGGCCACCUCCCCAGCAACGGCCCCCACCACAGGGUCAACAGGUCCAAGGUCUAAGUCCUCAACCAUCUUCACAUCCACAAAAUCUACCCAGUCCAGGGGCCCAGCAACGCCAAAUUCCCCCUCAGCAGCAGCCCCAGCAGGUCCGGCCCCCCCAGCAGCCUUCACCCCGCCAAUCCCAAUCCCCCCAAAGGCAGCCAAGUCCCCAGGGGCCACAGUCACCUCAAAGGCAACAGCAAGGUCCACCUAUGCCAACUGGCCCAAAGCCAAUGGGAGUUCAACCUGGUCAACCCCGACAAUCUGGUCCUCCAAGACAGGCCGUGCCCGUAGGACCUCAGCAGAAGCCGGCGCCCCCAGGCAGCCAACAGCCGCCUCAGCAGGGCAUCCGCCAACCAAUGCAGCAGCAGCAGCCGCCUCUUCAGCAGCGCCAGUCCGUUCCUGGGGCACCGCAACAGCAGCAGCAGCCACAGCGGCCAAUGACUCAGCAGCCCCGACCUAACCCCCAAGGACCCGGCCAAGCUUCCUCCCGUCCCGGAGGGCCACAAAAGCCUCAAGUGGCUCAGAAGCCGGGCGCCGAGCUGCCCCCACCCCAGCCGCAGCUGAAUAAGUCCCAGUCCCUCACCAACUCCUUCACCCUUGCAGACACGGCGGCUCCGCGCUCCAACCUUAGCCACGAUGAAGCAAAAGCCGAAACGAUACGCAACCUGAGGAAAUCCUUCGCGAGUCUCUUCUCCGACUAAGGGGGCCGCCGGAAACCUCACUCGUACCCUUUGCCCACUUCAUACCCGCCAUUAAGCCCCGUGGCUUUUGUGUAUAAACUGUUCCCCGACCCCCUUCCCCCUGACAUAUAUGCACGGCUUCUUCUGCUCCCAAGAGGUAGAUAUGGAGAUGAGGAGGAGGAGUCUCUGCACAAUAGACGAGAGAGAUAUAUCUAUAAAGAGGAACUAUACACACAUAUAUAAAUAUAUAUAUAUAAUAUAUUCUAUAGCUUAGAGUACUCACCUGAUGGGCAGCGGAUGGACAUAGGACUACUCCUGGCAGGGUGGGCACAGGUACAGAUGGUACAGAAGACCUUAUUCACCAGGACCAACCCCCCCCAAUGCUUGUACAUUCCCUAGCACAGUGCAGCAUGACCCCCCCCAGCCGCUGCUGUAUAGUUGUGUGCGCCGGCCCUCCGGUUAGUUGUGUAAUUGUGGCUCAGUGUUGAUAGUGGAGUAGUGAAACGUCUACGUUUGUGAGUCUUUUGCCAUUGCGCUUUCAUAUCGCUAACACUCUCCUUUCCAGGCUGUCUCUUGAUGGUUCUGUCUCUUAGUUUUGUGUUUUGCCCCCCCCCCCCCCAUGGUCGUGCCGUGCUCCUUUUUGCUAGAUAGACUGCAUUCCCUUCCGGCGCUCAGCACCCUCAUAUAUUUUGUUGGCAACCGAAGCUUGGGGUUCCCUUCUCCCCCCCCCCCCAGAUUCCCAGCAGAGCGCGGCUGAUGUCUCUGUAGUUGGGGAAUCUGGCGCUCCCAUUGGAUAAUUCCGUGUGCCGGUAACCGUGUCGUGCCGUGUGUGUAACCUGCCGUAUGGUGUAACAUUGCGACUGUUGGCGUGCGCCGCGUGUUUCCGUAGGACGUAGACGUUCUUCUUGACUGUCCCCCCCCACUUAUCUAUUCCCCCACAUGAGAAUCACCCCUCCAUCUUCGGAAAGGAAAAUGGGGGAGGGAAAAAAAAAAGGGGGCGUGAACCUUUGUUUGUAAAUGCGUUUGUGUGAAAAUGUGAAACCCCACCCCCUCAACCUUCCCGCCGGGGUAAGAAAAUGUUAUUUGUCCAAAGAAAUUAAAAAAAAAAAAAAAUAUCUGCCAAUAAAA